AUGUCACCAUUCAAUGUUCUGCUGCUGUCUUUUACUGUCAAAGAACGUUCUAGAGGAGUUACCUUUGACAACACCUACGUCUCUGAGUCCUGGCUCGGCGACUCCGACAAUGGCGCUGCCUCCAUGGACAUGACUGGCUCCAACCAGGGCGCGUACAACAACUACGUCGCCAUCAACACUUUCUGGGAGGACACCACCAACCUCGACAACAUUCGUGGAGCUGACAUCACUGACCACAGCGUCGCUGGCUCCACCGAGACCAUCUCGAGCCACGUCACCCACACUGACAGCAGCUCCCCUGCCCCUUAA